AUGAGCGGCGUUGAGGAAGCCCCCAGGGAGGGUGUAAUGGCCGACAGUGUAUGUGGUGGUGCACAAAGGCAUCUGCAGGGAGGUGUGCACGUGGCAACCCUGGGAGGAGAAGGCAUCGAAAAACAAGGAGUUCACACAUAUGUGAAUCUAGACGGAAUGAAGGACCAGGCAACAACGAAGGAGGGGCAGGACAGGGAAGUAAUAACCAUUCCUGAUGGAAACAACCCUCUGAUGGAACUGCAGCCAUGUGGACCUCCCGAAGUUUGCAAUGCAGUUAGUUGCAAUGUGGUUAGUUGCAAUGCAGUUAGUUCUAAUGCGGAAUGCAAAGGUACAACCAGGCCAAAGGUGGACCACGCCAGGAAGACGAUAGCCAAUGCGAAGGAGAUCCUGCGAAACAGCGAUCAGUGCGUGACGAGCGAGUCCAAGUUGGAGGCGGAUGAGCUGAAUGACAUAGCAGAAAUAUUGCAGAACAAGGAUGGUGAAAUGGCCCCAGUUGGCUACCCCCCCACGGGGGAAACGAACGACGCAAACAUGACGGCUCUGUUUGAAAACUCCAACUCGUCUCUUCCAUUUAUAAUCAAGGGCAUGUCAGACACGUUAGAUCAUAUCCUCUCAGUUGACAAAACGAAAAGUAAAAACAAAAACGAACUCAUACAAGUCGUGCAGAACGCACACAUGCUCCUCCGGUCGAACUACAAUCUUGUCCUCAAGUGUGACUCGAACUUAGCUAUUAUCGUAAAAAAGAUUAAAAGGCUGUAUAGGCUUUAUAGGAAGUUAGGUAGACCUGCACGCAUGUCUAGGAAGGAGCAAACUCUUCUUGGGGGUACUAAUAGUAACCAUGGGGAUAGCACCAUAAAAGGGAUAAACCCAACCGAACAGGAUGCACCUCACCAGGGGGAUGGAAACAGAAAGGAUGAUGAGCCAAUUGAGGGGGUUCCCACGCAAAAUAAUGGUAAUACGUGUUGUUCUGUCCAACGGGGGGGCAAAGAGGAGCAGAGAAACGUCCCUCCUGGUGUUGCUUCACGAGUUGGAUGUGGGUACAGUUCGAACGUUGGGGAGGCCGACCUGCAGGUGGAUCCCCCAUGUGGGGAAUUGAAACCUGAUGGGGGAAAGGAAAACGAAAAAGAGACCCUGCUCAACGGAAAACCGCUUGAGGAGGUAGUCCCACCUGCAAAUGUAGGUCUAGACCAGGGGCUUCCAUAUAUGCACCCUGACGUAACCACCGUAAAGGACUGCCCCCAAGGUGACACACAAAAAGAUAGCAAUUGCGUGGGAAAGGAAGAAUGCCCGAUGAGUCCAAAAAAAUUAAGCUACGCGUUCGUUAAGGGUGAAGAGGAGCGGAAUUAUAAAAACCUCACGAGCAUUGACUCCAAGUCGACAGCCAUGUCCAACCACAAGGAGGAUGCGUGGUCGUCGAUCGGGACGGACGAGAGAAAAAAAAAAAAAAAAACGCAACGGGAGCGAAAAGGGGGGAAGACGGAGAAUGCGGAAAACGUGGAAGAAAUGCACCACGCGCAGAGUUCAACGAAGGAACGAAACAAAAACAAAAAAAAGGAACGAGAAAAAAAGAGAAUUCUGCGUGAGUUGAGCAAGCUGAAUUCGCUGUUCUUCUUAACAUUCAACCACAAGGGGGACAUUAUAAACUACCUGCACAGGGAGAUACGAUCGAGCAUUUCGGAGUUCGAUGCGGCGUACCAGCUGUAUUUGUCCAGGUAG